AUGCCGAAGAGCAAAUCAUGGCAGCGGUCUAGGUCCACUGUGAAGCACCAAAUUGCACCAGAAGGCUACUUCACGGUGUACGUCGGGUCUAACAAGGAACGGUUCGUGAUCAAGAUGGAGUGCAUGAACCACCCCCUCUUCAAGAACCUCCUCGAUGAGGCUGAGAUGGAGUAUGGUUUCAAGAGUGAAGGGCCAUUGGAGCUUCCAUGCGACGUCGAGCUCUUCUACCAAGUCUUGCGCGGAAUCGACCAAGAGAUGAUGGCUUCACCAAAGUGUGGCUUCGCCAGAAGUUCUAGUGGAUACCGGAUUUUCAGUCCUUCUCGUCUCUUGGUCAUGGGUCAAUUCUAG